AUGUCGAGGCGAUUCUUGGACCUCCCAAAUCUUGUUAUCUUUCUAACUUUUUUUCUUCUAUUACAUAACUUUGCUCUUCCUUCAAAUGAAGUUGAUGUCCUGUUUUCUUGGCUUCAUUCUACUAAUUCACCAAUUCCUCAAGCAUUCUCAAACUGGAAUCCUUCAGAUUCCAAUCCUUGUAAAUGGUCUCAUAUAGUUUGUUCUUCUAAUCUUUUCGUUACACAAAUUGAUAUUCAGUUUAUUCAGUUGGCUCUUCCUUUUCCUUCUAAUAUGUCCUCUUUACAAUCCUUGCAAAAACUGAUCAUUUCUGGUGCUAAUCUCACUGGAACAAUCCCACAGGAUAUUGGAGAUUGUGUUUCACUUGUAACACUUGAUGUUAGUUCAAAUGGUCUUGUUGGUACCAUACCGAAAACUAUUGGUAACCUUAGAAAUCUUGAAGAUUUGAUUUUGAACUCUAAUCAACUAACAGGGGAAAUUCCAGGAGAGGUUGGCAAUUGCAUUAACCUGAAAAAUCUUAUUAUCUUUGACAAUAUGUUUAGCGGAAAUCUUCCUUCCGAACUUGGAAAACUUGGAGUUUUAGAAAAUAUAAGAGCAGGAGGGAAUAAAGAUAUUAGUGGGAAAAUUCCGGAUGAGCUUGGGAAUUGCAAGAACUUGAUAGUGUUGGGACUUGCUGAUACGAAAAUUUCAGGUUCGCUUCCUCCAUCUUUGGGUAACUUGGGAAAGCUUCAGGUAUUAUCUAUUUAUACUACAAUGCUUUCUGGAAAAAUACCUUCAGAAAUAGGCAACUGCUCAGAGCUAGUUGACUUGUAUUUAUACCAAAAUAGUCUGUCAGGUUCACUGCCAGCAGAGUUGGGAAAGCUUCAGAAAGUAGAAAAGAUGCUGCUUUGGCAAAAUAAUCUUGAUGGGCUAAUUCCUGAUGAAAUUGGGAAUUGCAAAAGUUUGGUUAUUCUUGAUCUUUCUUUGAAUUUUUUAAGCGGGAGCAUCCCUUGGUCAUUCGGGAACCUUACGAAUCUCCAAGAGUUGAUGAUUAGUAACAACAACAUUUCUGGUUCAAUCCCAUCGGUUCUUUCUAAUGCGACAAAUCUGUUACAGUUUCAGAUGGAUACGAAUCAAAUUUCAGGCUCAAUUCCUCCGGAAAUGGGGCAGUUGAAGGAGCUAAAUGUAUUCUUUGCUUGGCAGAACAAGCUUGAAGGAAGCAUUCCUCCUGCAUUGGGUGGUUGCAGAAGCCUACAAGCUCUGGACUUAUCACAUAAUCUUCUUACUGGUAGCUUACCUCCUGACCUUUUUCAAUUAACUAAUUUAACGAAGCUUCUGUUGAUUUCCAAUGAUAUUUCUGGUUUUAUCCCACCUGAGAUAGGUAAUUGUAGCUCUCUUAUUCGUAUACGACUUAUUGGCAAUAAACUUAGCGGACAAAUUCCAAGAGAGAUAGGAUUUCUAGACAACCUUAGUUUUCUUGAUCUCUCCGAGAACCACCUUACAGGAUCCGUUCCUGAGGAGAUUGGCAAUUGCAAGACACUGCAAAUGCUCAAUCUAUCUAAUAACACUCUAAGUGGGAAUUUACCUAGCUCUCUUUCUUCUCUCAGUAGGCUAGAGAUUUUGGAUGUUUCCUUGAAUCAGUUUAACGGACAGAUUCCAGCGAGCUAUGGUCAACUUGCUAACCUUAACCGGCUUGUUCUUAGUAAGAAUGCCUUCUCUGGAUCGAUUCCCCCAACUCUCGGCAAUUGUUCAAGCCUUCAAUUGCUUGAUCUCAGCAGCAAUGAGUUCUCAGGGAACAUGCCAGUGGAAUUGUUUGACAUUCAGACACUUGACAUUGCCUUGAAUUUAAGCUGGAACAUCUUGAGUGGGGUAGUCCCACCGCAGAUAUCUGCCUUAAACAAACUUUCAGUACUAGAUCUUUCCCACAACAAGCUUGAAGGAGACCUGUUGUCUCUUUCGGGGCUUGAAAAUCUGGUUUCCUUGAAUGUUUCCUACAACAAUUUUACCGGCUACCUCCCUGAUAAUAAGUUGUUCAGGCAAUUAUCAUCCGCAGAGAUGGCUGGCAACAAAGGUUUGUGCUCAUUGGGACAUGAUUCUUGUUUCUUGAGCAAUGUUGAAGGCGGGGGAAUGAUGAGUAAUAGCAAUGUAAGACGGUCAUGGAGGCUGAAAUUGGCAAUUGCACUCCUUUCUGUGGUGACUAUAGCCUUGGCACUCCUUGGAAUGCUGGCAAUUUACAGAGUGAGGAAAAUGAGUAGAGAAGAUAAUGAUUCUGAAUUUGGAGGAGGGGAUUCAUCGGCUUGGAAGUUUACUCCAUUCCAGAAGUUGAAUUUUUCGGUUGAACAAAUUUUGAGAUGCCUAGUGGAAUCCAAUGUUAUUGGAAAGGGAUGCUCCGGGGUUGUUUAUCGUGCAGAACUAGAAAAUGGUGAAGCAAUUGCAGUCAAGAAGCUAUGGCCAACCACAUUGGCAACUGGAUACAACUGCCAAAAUUUAAAGUCAGGAAUUAGUGGAGGUGUUCGCGAUUCUUUCUCAACCGAGGUAAAAACCCUUGGCUCCAUCCGUCACAAGAACAUCGUUAAGUUCUUAGGUUGCUGCUGGAAUCAAAACACUAGGUUACUCAUGUAUGACUACAUGCCUAAUGGAAGCCUAGGUAGCCUUCUACACGAACGAAGUGAUGGAUGUUUGGAGUGGGAAUUGAGAUACAAGAUUGUCCUAGGUGCAGCUCAAGGGCUUGCUUAUUUACACCACGAUUGUACACCUCCAAUUGUUCAUAGGGACAUCAAGGCCAACAACAUUCUCAUUGGUCUUGACUUUGAGCCAUACAUUGCAGAUUUUGGUAUAGCCAAACUCGUCGAUGAUGGAGAUUUUGCUCGAUCCUCCAAUACAGUAGCUGGCUCCUACGGAUACAUAGCACCAGAAUAUGGAUACAUGAUGAAAAUAACAGAGAAAAGUGAUGUUUAUAGCUUUGGAGUAGUUGUGUUAGAGGUGUUAACAGGAAAGCAGCCAAUUGAUCCUACAAUACCAGAUGGAGUACACAUUGUGGAUUGGGUGAGGCAGAAAAGAGGCAGUGAUGAAGUCUUAGAUGUGAGCUUAUGUGGUCGUCCUGAAUCAGAAGUUGAUGAGAUGAUGCAGACUAUAGGAGUAGCUAUGCUGUGUGUUAAUCCAUCACCAGAUGAUAGACCAACGAUGAAAGAUGUCGCAGCAAUGCUGAAAGAGAUGAGACAUGAAAGAGAAGAGUACCAAAAAGUUGAUACGCUCCUUAAAGAUGGAGGAGACAAUAAGAGUAGUAGUGAUGGAGGGCCAUCUUCAAAGAUGCAUAGCUUGUACUUGCAAAGCAAUAAUACAAGCUUUUCUGCAUCUUCAUUGUUACAUUCUUCUUCCUCCAACACCAAGAAUAUUGAUGCAAAUAAGUUUGCAAUUCAAACUGGAGCAGAUGUUGGUGUUAUGCUCUUUACACCAAGUGGAAAAUCGUGCUCCUAUGGUUCCACAAGCAUAGAAGAAAUAAUUGAUAAAUUUCUCAAAGUGAAACAAGAGGAUCGCAAACGUGAUUAUGCUGAGGGUAAAUCAAAUGGUUUUGAGGCAUUGGAGGAUCUCCAUAAAGAAUUGCAAGCAUGGAAUGAGAAAGAUAAAAAAAGAAUAUUAAUGCAUAAGAUUAUGCACCUUGGCUCAGAAAUACCUUCAGAUAAACACAUGGAGGAGCAGAAGCUGACAUUGAAGUUGCGGGUAGAGAAAUUUAAAAAAGAAACACAAAGUGCUAUUUUGACUGAGCAUCUGAAGUUUGAUUUAAAUGUUGCCCCUGAGCCAGAAGAGUAG